GCCGUGUCGUCUGCAAGCUGCAAGUGAUCUGUCAAUUCCGUGUCUCUUGUGUUUUCUUACAAAAUUGUUUCUCUCCCGAGAUCAAAGUCAUCAACCAGCACGCAUGUAUCUACAUGAAAGUCGGGAAAGAGUAAGGGUCGCGAUUCUAACACGUCCCUCGAAGAAUCAUUAAUUGAAUACAUAUGUUCGAUCACGUUCGAAUUUAGGUUAGAAAAAAUGAGGAGUUUCGUCAAUAUCUUGAAGAUGCUCGUCGCGUUCCUUUACGAUUACGCGCGCGGGCUGUCUUAUACGGUAACCACGAUACUUGUAUUAUGUUACUGCCUUCAUCCGGCGCGCUUUGCCUCUCAUUACACUUACAUCAAGACCGAGAAUAUAUACGAGGAGAUGGAGAGGUCGUAUCCACCUAGGGAUAACUCCUGCGUGAUCUCCGUCAACGGUAGACGAUCCUCCCAGCUGCUCUAUCCGGAGCAGCAUCCCCGGGAGGAUCCGGUGGCGAUGGCACGACGACUGGGCAUAUUACCUGGUGGCCAGUGGAAGCCUCUCAACUGUCAUCCGCUCUUCAACGUCGCCAUCAUUCUACCCUACCGCAACCGGCAGAGUCAGCUGGCCGUCUUCAUGAAUUACAUACAUCCAUUCCUGCAGAUGCAGAACUUGGACUAUCGGAUAUUCGUCAUCGAGCAAAGCCCGAUGCGCGAGUUCAAUCGUGCCAAACUCUUCAACGUCGGCUAUGCAGAGGCCACCAAGAUCAAUGACUUUCACUGCUUUAUUUUCCAAGACGUGGAUCUGAUACCGCAGAACCCUGACAACAUCUAUGCGUGCACCAAAAUGCCCAGACACAUGAGUUCUAGUGUAAAUACUUUCCGAUACAAUCUGCCCUAUACAGGCCUGUUUGGGGGUGCAAUAGCGUUAACCAGGAAACAAUUUGAAAGGGUCAAUGGAUUUUCCAAUGUUUUCUACGGCUGGGGCGGAGAGGACGAUGACUUUUACAGUCGCUUACAGUCUAGGGGUUUUCAGAUUACACGUUUUGGACCCAAUGUGGCACAAUAUUAUAUGCUAACACACAAGAAAGAACCACCCAGCACCGCAAGAUUUGCAAAUUUGGAAAAUGGUGCUCGCAGGUACGAUACUGAUGGGCUCAACAAUUUGGAAUAUCGAGUAUUGAACCAUCAAUUGCGACCGCUAUACUCUUGGAUCUUAGCCGAUGUGUAAUGUUU